AUGAAAAACUGGCUCAUCGCUCAAGAAUCUUACUUGCUUCAAAUCGCUGUAAAAGAACAAAGCAUGAAGCCUUCGAGCGAGUUGUUCGAAGAUAUUUCCAGCAGCGAGGAUUACGUUGUUGUUGAGACUCUUUCUGAAGAGAUUAGCCAUGAAGAGCCCGAGUUAGUGUCUUUAAAUGAUGGAAUUAGCGAAAAUGAAGUUGAUGAUAGUGGCUCCGAAAGUGAGAGUGACAGCAGCGAUUCGAGUGAUUUGCCGUAUUAUGAACAGGCUAUUGAAGAUAUCAAAAAGGGUGAUCGGUACCCGUGCAUGAUAUGUACUAUGGACAUGGAUUUCAGCUGCAGUAUGUACGCCUGCAAAAGCUGUUUCCGAGUGUUUGACUACGAAUGUAUCAGCGAAUGGGCUGCCAAAUCUGUAGCCAAGAAUUUAGACAAAUCCUGGAAAUGUCCCAACUGUCUAGCUUUCUCGAAGAAAGUACCUUUGGCAGGUCGCAAUACUUGCUGGUGUGGCAAGACUGUGAAUCCAGAGCCCAAUAUCUUGGAACCCAACUCGUGUGGACAAACGUGCGAUGCAAGAAUUUGUAUUCACGGAUGUAACAAAGCCUGUCAUUUGGGUCCACAUCCGACUUGCAUGGCAUCGGUUCGAAAACGGUGUCUAUGCGGCAAAGAAAGUAAAAAUAUGUUUUGCAACGAAUCACGCAAGAUCAAAGGCUCUUACCAAUGUUCGAAAGUGUGCGAUUUGACGCUUCCUUGUGGGUUCCAUAAAUGUACACGGCGCUGUCACCGGGGACCCUGUGGUGAAUGUCCGCAAAUAAUAUCUGGAGAGCUAAAAUGCUUCUGUGGCCUGGAAUCAAAAACCUCGAUGCCUUGUGCAGAUGUCCAUGUUACGAAAAAAUCAAGAAAUGCUCGAGGCUCGAUUUGGAUCGGUACCUUUGCCUGUUCUAAUGUGCGUACUGUUGAAUUUGCUUGCAAAAACCAUUCGUUCACAGAACGAUGCGAAGCGCCUCCAUCGAUUUCGGGUAAAGUUCCAUGUCGGCUCUCGCCAAAACUCCUUACAACUUGUCCCUGUGGCAAAACACCUUUGCUAGCGAUGGACAUAGCUCGAACUUCUUGCACUGACCCGGUACCCACUUGCGAAAAUCAGUGUGGUAGACCAUUGAAAUGUGGAAAACAUUUGUGUCCUUUUAUUUGUCACACCGGACCAUGCAUGGAUCCCUGUCUGAGCAUCGAUAAGGUCAAAUGCGCAUGCGAGACUAAACAGUUUACGAAACCAUGUAGGUUUGAGGAUACACCUCGAUGUCAAACAAAAUGUGAAAGUUUGAUGUCUUGCCGCCGCCAUAGAUGUACUGAGCGGUGCUGUUCGGGGAAAUCGGCAGCGCGGAAUCGAGAGAAGAAGAUCUUUUUGGCAAAAGACAAACUUGAUGAAUCUCUUGUCGAGGCGAAACACAUAUGUCUCAAGCCGUGCAACAGGUUGCUGGCAUGCGGACAGCAUUCUUGCAGGCAGAAAUGUCACCCGGGUAGUUGUCCGCCUUGUCUCGAAAGUGAUUCGAAUGACCUGGUAUGCCCCUGUGGGAGCACAUUGGUACCAGCACCUGUGCGGUGUGGGACAACUUUACCUCCAUGCCGCCAUCCUUGUGUCAGAACUAGAAUGCUAAAGAUGGAAUGUGGUCACAAGCCAAUGCCACAUGCGUGCCAUCCGCUAGAUAUGCCAUGCCCAGGGUGUACUGCACCAGUUUUUAGGCGCUGCAAAUGUGGAAAAUCUGACAAAGUGAGAACUCUGUGCUUCCAAGACGACGUUUCUUGUGGUAUGCCGUGCGGUAAAACCCUGCAGAACUGUCAUCAUAAGUGCCAAAAGACUUGUCACGUUUCCCAGGCAUGUCAAACUGUAUGCCAGCAAGUAUGCCGCAAAUCACGAUAUUCUUGUAACCACACUUGCGCGGCUCGCUGUCAUGGUUUGUCAAAAUGUCCUGACAUUCCUUGUAAGCAAAUGGUGACCCAAACGUGUACUUGCCAAAGACUUCGAAGGGUUUUACCUUGCGGUGCAACCGAAAGUUCUUCCUCUGCUGGAGAGGCUGAAAUUCCGUGUACUGAAGAUUGUGAAGUGGCACGCCGACAUUUGGAACUAAUGGAAGCCUUCGGAGUGCGGAAAACUGAAACAGGUCUUUCGAGUGUGGGCGCUAUAUCCAACCUGGUUGGGAAAGUGAACACUUACGAGGAACUGCUAAUUCCAUUUAGCGAAUUGACCCUGUCAGUCUAUGGCAAGCAUCCCGAAUGGUGCACUCAGAUCGAAAGGGCGCUUUCAGGGUUGAUGUCUAACAAGGCGAAACUAAGCCUUCAUUUCAAGCCUAUGCCUGCACCCAAAAGAUCAUUUAUUCAUGAACUUGCCAAAGCCUACGGCUUAUACAGCGAGUCCCAGGACAAAGAUCCGAAGCGAUCCGUUUACGUGAAGAAGACUCACAUUUCGUGUGAACCUUCUAUAAGCCUCGAGGAAGCGUUUCCUCUGUAUGAGAAGUUCAACAACUAUCAAAGAGAAAAGAGAAAGAAAGAGAUGAAAAGCUCCACAACUCACAAACUCGUCAAUUAUCCUACAGCGAAUUUUAGGACUGCUACUCCCAAACUGGCGGAGUUUAAUGGAAUUUUGAUCAAAAACGUUUUUACGGGGGUUACCGAACUUGAUAUAAGCGAGGCGCUUGCCAUUUAUUUUAAGACCACAUUGAUAUCCAACCCUCAAUUCCGUCUUCUAGAAACUGGUGAUGCCAUUGCUUAUCCAGAACUAUAUGGUGAAGUGUCGGUGAAUGUCGAAAACGACAUCAAACGUCUAGUGGGCCACUUUGACGUUCUUGUCCGCGAUAAAUUCCUCGCUGAGGGUUCAACUCUAUGCAAAGUAGAAACAGCUCUGGUCGCCAUCAGUUCAUCAAUUGACGUAUCUCAAGAGUUGUCUGACUCUUUUAACGAUGCCAAAAGCUCGGUGACAGAUGUUUCUGGCCUACUUACAGCUGAUCCUUCAGCGCCCAAAGAAUGA